ACGGCAUCGCGCUGGCGGUUAAGCCUGGUCCUCGCCGGUGCAUUCGUACGAGUCGUCUGCAUCGCGGCACGGCGCCUGAAGGAGGGCAGCGUGACUGCUUUGCAGAUGGGUGUUGAGACGGGAGGAUUUCAACGUACUACAGCGGCAGUACUGUACUCUCGCCGGCGGCUAUGCGCCAUGAGGCGGGAGGAGGUGAGUGUGUGGGAACAAAGACGGAGGUAGGACGGGGUGUGGUGCGAAACACUCCUUGAGGCAGUCCGACGCCAAGACAUUUGCAGCAAUUCACAGCAAAGCACCACCACGACUCGCGCAUGAAGCUUCUCGUCCUUCCAGAAUCCAGCAUCCACAAUUCUGCUUUACGUUUCGAAACUGUUUCCUGUGUCCAGGCCGCUCUCCCUGACCACUCCCUACUCAACCAGCCCAGGUACCUAUUGGAUUUGGCCAUACGGCGUAGUCCGGCAAGGCAGCGCACGGGCGGCUCCCCCAGCAGCACUGUCCAUCCAAUUCACUGCGUAACCUCCCAGCCUACGCGUGCUAGGCGGGACAUUUGCCACUCCACACCAAUUAUAGCCAUCCAAAAAUAUCCCCUGGUGUGUCCGUUUCGGUCAAGCGCCGUACCCAAUAUGCGCCCGCUCACUCACCAAACCCUUCCACUCUCCGCCAACAUGAAGACUGCUCUGUACGGCCAACCAUGGACGCGCCAGGACCCGCCGCUCUGGCGCCGCACUCCUGCGAUUCUCUCGCUCGCGAUGCGCCCGGCGAUAUAUCUCUCAUCUCUCCCCCGAUCGCCUUGUGAAGAGCUGAUCGCUUGACCUGCGUAUACGUACCCGCUUAAGGCUUGAGAGCCGUCCCUAGAACACCCUCCCCUCCACCCCCCAGUCCAGCUGUCAGCAGCAAUACGAACGCAAAAC